CUGUUCAUAAUUUUAAAGGGUGCCUCGAGACUGUUCAUAAUUUUAAAGGGUGCCUCGAGACUGUUCAUAAUUUUAAAGGGUGGCUCGAGACUGUUCAUAAUUUUAAAGGGUGCCUCGAGACUGUUCAUAAUUUUAAAGAGUGCCUCAAGACUGUUCAUAAUUUUAAAGGAGUGCCUCGAGACUGUCCAUAAUUUUAAAGGGUGCCUCAAGACUGUUCAUAAUUUUAAAGGGUGCCUCGAGACUGUUCAUAAUUUUAAAGGGUGCCUCGAGACUGUUCAUAAUUUUAAAGGGUGCCUCGAGACUGUUCAUAAUUUUAAAGGGUGCCUCGAGACUGUUCAUAAUUUUAAAGGGUGCCUUGAGACUGUUCAUAAUUUUAAAGGGUGCAUCGAGACUGUUCAUAAUUUUAAAGGGUGCCUCAAGACUGUUCAUAAUUUUAAAGGGUGCCUCAAGACUGUUCAUAAUUUUAAAGGUUGCCUCGAGACUGUCCAUAAUUUUAAAGGGUGCCUCAAGACUGUUCAUAAUUUUAAAGGGUGCCUCAAGACUGUUCAUAAUUUUAAAGGGUGCCUUGAGACUGUCCAUAAUUUUAAAGGUUGCCUCGAGGCUGUCCAUAAUUUUAAAGGGUGCCUCGAGACUGUUCAUAAUUUUAAAGGGUGCCUCAAGACUGUUCAUAAUUUUAAAGGUUGCCUCGAGGCUGUCCAUAAUUUU